AUGGAGACUUGUGAGAAAUUGUGUGGCAUCUUUGCCUCGACAGUCUUUCCGCUCAUGCCGCUGCUCCAUAUGCACAGCUUCGGCGAAGAUUUCAGCGAGUUCUGGAAGGAAAUCAAUCCAGGAAAUAUGCACGACAGCGAGCCAAGUCGAUUUCUUCAACGUAACCCCGGAUUUCUGGCACUUCUUUUGUCCAUUUUGUUCUCGAGCUUGGCAUCUGCCUCGUCAUCGUGGCUCAAGGAGUUGCUAGGGGAGGACAAUGUUCCCGAUAGACGCGAGAUCUAUUUUGCGGCCGCGAUGUCAACUACACUCACCGGAUUCCCUCGAAAACCAAGCAUCUAUUCACUAGCAGCGUACAUUUUUACCCAAAGCCAAUUCGCCCGGGAGGAAGACUUUCCAGACUCGCCGGACUUCAUCACCACGUCUUUCCGGGUUGCCCUUGGUAUGGGGCUGCAUAGGGAUUUCCCUAGCAGUUCGCUCACCGUAGCUGAGAUGGAGACGCGACGGCGGCUUUGGUUCUACAUUUGCCAUCUCGAUGUCAUGUCAUCUUGUAGCUCGGGUCUUUCGCCUCUUUUCAUUGACGAGAGGAUGGCUAACACUGAGGCAAUCUGUCUGUUUGACCGCCCAAAUGUUGGAAAUGCCCAAUCUGGCAACGAAGAUGGUACCCACCAAUGUGACUGUGGAAGAGAAGAAAGGCGCUUACUGACCAUGGCCGAUAGUUGA